GGCCUGCCGGGUAAUCUAAGAUGGCGGGGCGGCCUCGGCCCGAAUCGGGCUGCCCGGCAGGGAGUACGGCUGCCCCACGGCGCGACGGCCCGGCGGCUUCGGCCCUGCUCCGGUGCGGAAGACCGGUGGAGGCCGCCGCGUGAGUGUUGCUUCGGGUACAACUGUUGCUGCUUUGGUGCUCUGGCUGUCAGAGAAACCCUUGGAUUUGUAGGGAGCCAUGGAGAAAAUGGCCAGAGUGACCACCGCUCUUGGGGGCAAUACUAUCACUGGACGGACCAUGUGCUGCCACCUGGAUGCCCCCUCUAAUGCCAUAAGCGUGUGCCGUGACGCUGCCCAGGUGGUGGUCGCUGGGCGCAACAUUUUUAAGAUCUACUCCAUCGAAGAAGACCAGUUUGUGGAAAAACUGAACUUACGUGUGGGCCGCAAGCCGUCUCUGAACUUCAGCUGUGCCGAUGUGGUGUGGCACCAGAUGGAUGAGAAUUUGCUGGCCACGGCAGCCACAAAUGGUGUGGUGGUGACGUGGAACCUUGGCAAACCCUCCCGGAAUAAACAGGACCAGCUUUUCAUGGAGCACAAGCGAACGGUGAACAAGGUGUGCUUCCACCCUACGGAGGUAUAUAUGCUCCUUAGCGGGUCUCAGGAUGGCUACAUGAAGUGCUUCGACCUCAGGAAGAAGGAUUCGGUUAGCACUUUCUCAGGUCAGUCAGAAAGCGUGCGUGACGUCCAGUUUAGCAUCCGUGACUACUUCACCUUUGCUGCAACCUUUGAAAAUGGCAAUGUUCAACUAUGGGAUAUCCGUCGGCCUGACCGCUACGAGAGGAUGUUCACAGCCCACAACGGACCAGUAUUCUGCUGUGAUUGGCAUCCGGAAGAUAGAGGCUGGUUGGCAACGGGGGGCCGAGACAAGAUGGUGAAGGUCUGGGACAUGAACACCAACCGGGCCAAAGAGAUCUACUGUGUGCAAACGAUCGCCUCUGUCGCCCGGGUCAAGUGGAGGCCAGAAUGCAAGCACCACAUUGCCACCUGUUCUAUGAUGGUGGACCACAACAUCUACGUGUGGGACAUCCGACGCCCAUUCAUCCCCUCUGCCAUGUUUGAGGAGCACAAAGAUGUCACCACUGGGAUUGUCUGGCGUCAUCUGCAUGACCCUUACUUCCUCCUCUCAGGUUCCAAGGACAGCACGCUUUAUCAGCAUAUCUUCAAGGAUGCCAGCCAGCCUAUCGAACGGGCUAACCCAGAGGGUCUCUGCUACAGCCUCUUUGGAGACUUAGCUUUUGCUGCCAAGGAGAGCCUCAUUUCCUCUGAUUCAAACCGGAAGCCCUACCUUGGCGACCGGCGUCAUCCCAUCUUCUUCAAGCGGAAGCUGGACCCCACGGAGCAGUUUGAGUUCAUCUCCUCCUCCAGCGCCCUCACCGUCUUCGAAGCAGACACAGAGUGCGACGCCAGCAGCAUGGAUUGGUUCGUGCAAACGGCCAAACAGUACGUACUGACCGGGCGACCGCUGGCAGAGCUGUGUGACCACAACGCCAAAGUCGCCAAAGAGCUCAAGCGCAACCAAGUUGCUCAGACGUGGACAAUGCUCCGGAUUAUUUAUUCAAGCCCUGGCACUGUGCCUACCACGAACCUCAAUCACAGCCUGGGAAAAAGUAGCUCUAGCCUUCCACUCAUGAAUAGCUUUAACUUGAAAGAUAUUCCCUCUGGAAUAGGCACCGAGUCAAGGCUGGAGAGGACCAAGGGGGAGAACCGUCCUGAAGCCAUCCUCAUGGAUUCAUCCUCAACUCUGAUCAAUAAUGAUGAGAACGAGGAGACUGAAGGAAGCGAUGUUCCUGCAGAUUAUCUCCUGGGGGAUGUGGAAGCUGACGAGGAUGAUCUGUACAUGAUGGACCACGAGAAUCCUCACCCUGAAGAGCAAGAAUAUAUCCUUCCGCAGGAAGCCUUUCCGUUACGCCACGAGAUCGUGGACAACCCCUCUGCCCUGGACCACCUACAGGACAAAGCUGACUCGCCCCAUGUCAGCGGCAACGAGGCGGAGACCGUGUCUCUCACCCCCGUGGAAUCGUUCUCCCUCAUUUCCAUUUCACACUCCCUCUACGAGAAUCGCCUGCCGACUGACUUCUUCAACCCCAUCGUCCACGACAUGCUGCUCUUCUACGCCGAGCAAGGGGACGUGCAGAUGGCCGUGUCGGUCCUGAUUGUGCUGGGGGAUCGCAUCAAGAAGGGGAUUGAUGACCAGGCGCAGGAGCACUGGUACACUUCGUACAUUGACCUGCUGCAGCGCUUCCAGCUUUGGAACAUCUCCAACGAAGUGAUCAAGCUAAGCACCUGCAGGGCCGUCAACUGCCUCAACCAGGCCUCCACCACUCUGCACAUCAACUGCAGCAACUGCAAGCGGCCAAUGAGCAACAAGGGCUGGAUCUGUGACCGGUGUCGGCAGUGUGCCAGCAUGUGUGCUGUGUGUCACCACGUGGUGAAGGGCCUCUUUGUGUGGUGUCAAGGCUGCAGUCACGGUGGUCAUCUGCAACAUAUCAUGAAAUGGCUGGAGACCAGUUCCCACUGCCCUACAGGAUGCGGUCACCUAUGUGAAUACACCUGAACUUAAGAGAAUUUUUAUGUCUGUUGGAUCCAAAAUCCAGGGGCUGCCUGGAAUUGAGAACAUCGCUUUGGGGAGAGAAGGGAGAAGGUCGCCAUCGUUGGUAGUCUAGAGGGCUGCCCUGAAAGCUGAGCAGGUUGGAUAUUGCAAAAGGGACUGCAACUUUGCUGCUUCCUGAAAAAGCAGCAUAGCCAAAUAUUUGCUCAGAGGAUUCUGCUGGAAAACUUCAUUUAGUCGUUUUCUUCUAAUUUUCUGCUGUGUAGGCAGUUUCUUGUUACCAUGAUUCUAUACAAAACCUGCUUCUUUAUUAGCCAGGAUGGCUCCAGAAAGCUUCAGGCAAUUCUUUUUAUACUGAAUUAAACAAACAAAGUGAAAUUUACUGCUUGCUCAUUUGUAUUAGAUUUGCAAACCUUUCUGUAUAAAGGCUUCUAAAGAACUGGCUGGCCACAGAGCAGCAUUGAAGUUCUUUCCUCAAAAAGGAGACAUCAGAAUCCAUAUUUUGCUGAUCUCAGGCCAAAAGUUCAUUUCCAGCUCUCAGAUGGAGAACAUGCAGUACGGCUGAGCAAGAGAGGGUUUUAUAUUUUAUUGAAAUAGUUUUAGGAUUCCAUGCAGAAUAACUAAACAAUAACAUUUUAUCUGAUGAGGCUUAGUUAGAGAUCCUCUGCUCUUAAUACGCCUCUAAAGUUUUUAAAGGGGAAAAAUACUUGGUUACGCACUGUGUUCCUAUCGGUUUUGAAAACAAGUCCAUCUGUGAUCUAACAGAAUUUCAUCUCAGGUACAUAGAAUUACAGCCUUAGUCUUGUUAGAGUAUGAAGGUAAAAUAAAGAGUGUCAUGGCUUGUUUUGC